UCAUUUCCAAAAUAAUUAUUGUUUUCAAAAAAGAAAUAAUAAAGUUUCUUUCCGCGCACUUUCUUGGCUCUUAGCAUGGAUGAUGCAUUUGUCCUGCUUCUCAUUCUCGUUUUCAAGAGCUAGAGAAACGCAUAAACUCUUACCAUCUCAUCAAUCUCUCGAGCUUCUCUCCUAUGGAGGCUACACUACUUGGCACCGUCUUCGGUCUCUCUCCCGUCUCCUCAGAAAGAGUCGUCGGCAACGCUGUUUUCCCCAGUUCGAAGUCAAAACCACGGCGACAAACGCAUCGAGUCACCGCCAUUAACUCGGUAGCAUCUAAGACUCAUGUAGGUGUUCGAAGGAUACAAAAGAAUGAAGACGGAGCGAAGGUAGUAAAGCUGGUGGAGAAUCCGUAUUCGGGAGCGGAGACGGCGAGUCCCGAUCUGCGGAAGUGCUUGUCGGACUUCUUGGAGGAAGCGAGAGACUUCGUCGGAGGUGAUGAUGGUCCGCCUCGUUGGUUCUCACCGUUGGAGUGUGCAGCUCAGGCUAAAGGCUCUCCUCUACUCCUUUUCAUACCUGGUAUUGAUGGUACUGGACUUGGGCUCAUUCGGCACCACAAGAAACUUGGAGAGGUUUUUGAUGUAUGGUGCCUUCACAUUCCAGUUAGGGACCGUACUCCUGCUAAAGACUUGGUGAAGCUUAUUGAGAGGACAGUUAAGUCAGAGAACCAUCGUUUCCCAAACAGACCUAUAUACUUAGUUGGUGAAUCUAUUGGAGCGUGUCUUGCGUUAGAUGUUGCAGCUAGGAAUCCCAACAUCGAUCUUGCUCUCAUCUUGGCUAAUCCAGCCACACAUGUCAACAACCUCAUGUCACAACCUCUAGUGGGAAUGCUGAAUGUUUUACCAUAUGGUGUGCCCACACUACUGGAAGAAAUAUUUGGUUUUAAGCAAGGCGACCCACUGACUGCAAUGUUAGACGCUUUGACGAAUGAGUUUGCUGUCCAUCAAAUUGGUGGAGCUGGAGGAGGGAUACUAAGAGAUCUUUUUACAGUUUCAGCUAAUCUUCCUACUUUGAGUAGGAUCUUCCCUAAGGACACACUUCUUUGGAAGCUGGAACUGCUUAAGUCUGCUGUUGCAUCUGCAAAUUCUCACAUAUACGCGGUCAGAGCUGUAACACUGAUACUUCUCAGUGGACGUGAUCAAUGGCUGUUGAAUGAAGAAGACAUUGACAGAUACUCUCACACAUUGCCAAAAUGUAAUGUCCGUAAGCUUAAAGACAAAGGGCACUUUCUCUUUUUUGAGGACGGUGUAGAUCUGGUUUCUAUCAUCAAGUGUACUUAUUUUUAUCGCCGUGGGAAGUCUCAUGAUCACCUUUCAGAUUACAUUAUGCCUACCAGAUAUGAGUUAAAGCAACAACUAGACGACCACAAACUCUUAAUAGAUGCUACUUCACCUGUAUAUCUGUCAACACUAGACGAUGGUAAAAUGGUGAGGGGCCUUGAAGGUAUACCUUCAGAAGGACCUGUACUGUACGUUGGCUAUCACAUGUUAUUAGGACUUGAGCUAGGUCCAAUGGUAAUUCAAUUCCUGAAAGAGAGAAACAUUCACUUGCGCGGUUUGGCACAUCCAAUGCUUUUUCUAAACGGCAAAGAUGAGUUAGCGGACACACAGAUGUUUGAUAAAUAUAAGAUAAUGGGUGGAGUUCCUGUCUCUAACUUCAAUAUCUUCAAACUACUGCGUUCAAAGUCUCAUGUGCUUUUGUAUCCUGGUGGUGUCCGUGAAGCUUUGCAUAACAAGGGUGAAGAAUACAAGUUGUUCUGGCCGGAGCAACCAGAGUUUGUGAGAGUUGCAUCUAGAUUUGGAGCCAAAAUCAUUCCAUUUGGUGUUGUUGGAGAAGACGACAUCUGCGAUCUUGUCCUUGAUGCCUAUGAUCAAACGAACAUCCCUAUCUUAAAGGAUUUUAUGGAAGAAACAACAAAGAAAGCUGGAAACUUAAGGCAAGGAGAUGAGACCGAACUGGGAAACCAGAUAUGCUAUCUCCCAGGACUUGUACCUAAGAUUCCUGGGCGGUUCUACUUUUACUUUGGGAAACCAAUUGAAACAGCAGGCAGGGAACAACAGCUAAAGGACAAAGACAAGGCUCAAGAGUUUUACUUGCAAGUCAAGUCUGAGGUUGAACAAUGCAUUGCCUAUUUGAAAAUGAAAAGAGAGAGUGAUCCAUACAGACACUUGUUGCCAAGGGUGUUGUAUCAGGCCUCACAUGGUCUCUCUUCUGAAAUUCCGACGUUUGAUCUCUGAAAUGAUGAUCUCGCUUUUGAUUAUUUACAUAAUUACAUUAUACCAUGGUUAUGUUGUAUGUAGACAUUACUAUAGGUUCAAUGAGUACAAUACCCAAAAACAGUUCAAUAAAA